GCCUCCUGCAGCACGAUGACGUGCAGUGGGAACCAGGUGCUCAGCCAGAGCGCCAACACCCUCUGGUGCAGUUCCGACCCGUGCGGGGAGGCGGACGCCGAGAAGUGCUGCGUAGACGCCGCCAGCUGCGACGACCUCAGGUCCAGCUGCCCCUCGGGCAAAUCCUUGGUGUACCGCUCCAAGGAGGUGCUCUGCGUGAAGCGGAUCGUGGAGACGACAAUGGUGACGAUGCGCUGCGCGAGGUUUCUGAGACGGGACUGA